UCCACCUUCGCGUCUCCCCGCGUCGAGAUCGAGAAAUCAGACAUUGUCAACCGACAGACUGAGUCUACAUCUCAUGCUUCGGUUGAUUCCACUGCAGAAAUUCUAAUAUUAUCGUUUUAAAUCAUACACUGCAGUAUACUAGGUCCACCUCUCAUUCUCAUUCUCAUUCUCCAUUGCUUCCACCACAUCCCACCACACAUAUACUACAUAUGACAACACACACAAAAAUGGCGAGAAAGUCCACCGCAACCUCUACCCCCGAAACAGAGGACCCCCAGCCCAUCGUCACCGCCACGGAACAACAGCUCAAAGCGCGCGCAGAGGGCGGCGUAAGCGUGGAGGACUACCUUCUCCCUCGCUCGCUGACGCUCCGACUCGCCAAAUCGGUCCUCCCCCCAAACACAUCCAUCCAAAAGGAUGCCCUCCUUGCUAUCCAGAAGGCGGCGACAGUAUUCGUCUCGUACCUUUCUUCCCACGCAAAUGAAGCUACCAUGAAACGCACCGUCGCACCUGCAGACGUCCUAGCCGCGCUGUCAGAGCUGGAAUUCGAGGCGUUCAGACCACGACUCGAGAGGGAGUUGGACGUUCACACUGAUCUAAUUGCCCGGAGGAAGAAUAAAAAAGUGGACCCUUCUUCUUCUUCUUCGCAGUCGAGAAAGGAUCCACAGGUCGAAGAGGGGAGUGCACACGCCGCGAAACGGGUGAAGCGUGGAGAAGGUGACGAAGACGAUCACGGCGACGAAACUGAAUUAGAGCACGAUGAGGAUGAAACGGAGGAAGAACAAGAGCCUGAACCGGAGCAUGAGCACGAGGACGAGGAGGACGAGGAGGACGAAGACGAGGAUACAGAGGAGGAGGAGGACCAGGACCAAAAGGAACAGAACGAGAUCGAUCGCGUCGAGGAUCUGGACCGUGACUCGAGGCCGAGCCCGACUAUGGACCCUGACGCUGCUGGAGAUAGCGACAGUGAUGGCGUGUAGUUUGUCCAUGUCCCAUAAUCAUACACUAUGCUAUGUCUACGCUGUCAAAUUGUAAAUAAAAACUGAAUUAGUAGUCUACAGACUAGUAUAAAGCCUAGUAAAUGCCGAGUAUGAACGCCAGCCCAAUGCGUGUCUAUGAACAGGGGUAUCCCACAAUGCGAAACAUGUUUUAACGUCAGAAUGAGGAAAACAAGAUCAACAGAUCAGUCGGCUCAUCCCGUUCGGGAUCGACUUGGGAGAUAUCGUUUCACUGUUGCUCCAAGCCGACUCAUCGUCAGAAGAAGCCCGCUUACUCCCCAGAUUGGAAACGAGAGGUCCGUUGUUAUUGCGUACGGCCCCCGGGGAGACCGGGUGCAUGGGCUUGGCGGGCUCGUCCUUGUCCGGCUUGCUAUCGGCCUUGCCAACCCCAGCUCGGCCCGCGACACCGGACGCUUUGGUGACUCGACUGAAGCUGGUGAUGCGCGCGUUCUUCGUCGCCGCGGGUUUUUU